AUGUACCUCCCCAAAGGGUCUAAUCUAGUUCCAAGGUCACUCCAAGGUCCUGAAGGUGUCAAGCCGUGGAAGAAAAAGAUUGAUGCCAUCCUCAAGAUGUCAGCGCCUACGAAUGUAACAGAAUUGCGUGCAUUUCUUGGUGCUGUUACCUUUUACCGCCACAUGUGGCCGCGUCGAUCUCAUCUUCUCAAACCCCUCACGGAGCUCACAGGCAAAGGAAUGUUUGAAUGGACUGAUGAAUGCACCAAAGCUUUCGCUGAAAUGAAAGCUGUCAUGGCUAGCGAUAUAAUGAUGCGCUACCCCAAUCCAAACAAACCCUUUCAAAUCUAUACUGAUGCGUCGGACUACCAAAUGGGCGCUGUGAUCAUGCAAGAAGGUAAACCAGUCGCCUACUGGAGUCGUAAGCUCAAUGCUGCACAACGCAAUUACUCUGUGAUGGAAAAAGAAAUGUUGGCUGUUGUACAUUGUUUGAAGGAAUUUCGGUCUAUGCCAUCUGUAGGGAAGAGUCCAAAUAAGGGCAAAUUGAUUGCGUUUAAUAAAUUAAAGGUUUCUGUUGAUCCCGAAGACAAAAUCUACACGUUUGAAGAUAAUGUUCUUGUAAAAGAAAAUGAUUUGAUUGCGCCACCAACAGAAGCCGAUUUCAGUAGUACUUUUCGAUGUCAGUUCUCCUGUUGCCGAGAUGGAGAUAUUCAUGAACAUCUGACCAUUGACGACAUUGAAAUGGAAGAGUCCUUUUUGAAUCAUCCUCCUCUACAAGCGAUGCCGAACUCAAUCACAAUGCCAAACAUUCAACAACAUCAAACUCAAGAUCAAUUGCUCAUGCAACGAGCUCAACGCGAUGCACAGCACUAUCAGAUCGAGACAAUUGACGAGCGACUCAUCAUCACCUAUUGA